CUGAGCUCACUCACCUGUUUUCCCAUUUUAAUUGGCGUGUCGCUAGCAAGCGACUUCAAGGGAACAGUAACACACCAGUCAACUUGUGGUGGUCGUCGAGGGAGACGCAUUUAGCCAGACCGGAACCACAACCGGGACCAGGACCAGGACCAGGUCCAAUAGGAGAAUGUCAGCUGGUUCGAGGAAGCAGGACGCGCCGUUUUGAGUGAGUGGAAAUGGACCACCGGUGACAUUUUGGAGGAAAGAUACACAAAACCUGGAAGCUUCUCAGCGACUAUUGAGACUUUUAUCACGAAUUGGGAUUUGAUUGGCUUUCUGUUGGUGAGCCCUUUUUUUUCGGUUCGGUGCUGCCGUGUCUUUGGAACCACCAUGGGCUGCACGGUGAGUGCGGAGGACAAGGCGGCUGCCGAGAGGUCCAAAAUGAUCGACAAGAACCUCCGAGAAGAUGGAGAGAAGGCGGCCAGAGAAGUCAAACUGCUACUAUUAGGUGCUGGGGAGUCUGGGAAAAGUACCAUCGUAAAGCAGAUGAAGAUCAUCCACGAGGACGGCUACUCGGAAGACGAGUGUAAGCAGUACCGCGCUGUGGUUUACAGUAACACCAUCCAGUCCAUCAUGGCCAUCGUCAAAGCCAUGGUCAGCCUCAAGAUAGACUACAGCAACACUGGCAGAGUGGAUGACGCCCAGCAGCUCUUUGCUUUGUCCGCCACGGCUGAGGAGCAGGGUCUCCUCCCUGAUGACCUGGCCAACGUGAUCAGGCGACUGUGGGCCGACGGCGGCAUACAGAGCUGCUUUGCACGCUCGCGGGAGUACCAGCUCAAUGACUCGGCGGCAUACUACCUGAACGAUCUGGAGAGGAUAGCCAAAGCAGAUUACAUCCCCACCCAACAGGAUGUGCUGCGAACUCGGGUCAAGACCACCGGCAUCGUGGAGACUCACUUCACCUUCAAGGAGCUGCACUUCAAGAUGUUUGAUGUUGGAGGCCAACGUUCUGAGAGGAAGAAGUGGAUCCACUGUUUCGAAGGAGUCACCGCCAUUAUCUUCUGCGUGGCGCUCAGUGCGUACGACUUGGUGCUGGCGGAGGACGAGGAGAUGAAUCGCAUGCACGAAAGCAUGAAGCUCUUUGACUCCAUCUGCAACAACAAGUGGUUCACGGAGACCUCCAUUAUCCUCUUCCUUAACAAGAAGGACCUCUUUGAGGAGAAGAUCACCCGCAGCCCCCUCGCCAUCUGCUUCCCGGAAUACUCAGGAGCCAACAAGUUUGAUGAAGCGGCCAGCUACAUUCAGACCAAGUUCGAGGACCUGAACAAGAAGAAGGACACCAAGGAGAUCUACACCCACUUCACGUGUGCCACCGACACAAAGAACGUGCAGUUCGUCUUUGACGCCGUCACCGACGUCAUCAUCAAAAACAACCUCAAAGACUGCGGCCUCUUCUGAAGGACGCCGCAUGUGUGACGGCAGCCGGCGACCACCGGAUCUUCACGUGGAAAAGAGAUUCCUGGAAGAGCAAAACGGCCUUGAACGAACGCAAGCAUCACAUUCUUUUGUCUGGUAUACUUUUACUAUUGAGACCCCCCCCACCCCUCCCCCCCACCUUGGAAUGAAUAUUUAACCCCCCCUCUCCAUUUGGUGACAACUUCUAGCAGACGCUGAAGUCCACUUCUACCACUUUUUUAUUAUUAUUUUUUUUAAUUCCAAGAGAAUGUGAGUCAUGUGACUUUUGUACAACAUUUACAGCCGAUUAGCAACAAUGUUGUCCUGCAUGACAUUUUAUCAAUUAGCCUGACCCCCCCCCCUAAAAAAAAAUAAAAAUAAGCGUCACGUUGACCGGCAGAGCAAUGUGUGAGCUUUGAGGUGAUGAUGAUGAUGUUGUGUGGAUUGUGUGUGUUUGUUUUCAUCAUCUCAGUGGACUUGUGUUGCCAGUGUACUCUACGUUUACACGUGUUCUCUAUUCCUUCCCUGCCGUCUGUCCUUCCUUCCUUCCUUCCUUCCUUUUCUUUCUUACGGCUCACUUCUCCUUCCUUUCUACUCGCCUGACCUCCGCACAUCAACAAGCAUCGUCUCAGCACAAACACCAAGCAAACUCUUCCUCACUUGUCCCCCUGUACACAAUAAAGGCUGGCUCACGUCA